AUGUCGCUGAGCCCGCUCCAACCAUUCCACCUCACGGCCACCGGCUACAACAUCAACUAUCUCCCCGAAUACAUCGCUCUCCGACAUGGCUUCUUCCGCGAGCAAGGAUUGGACGUGACAGUCAACAUUCCGAAGCCGUGGGACCUGGUAUUGGACAACCUUGCUAGAGGUUCAGCCGACAUGGCCCUGGGCGGCAUCUGGGUUCCUUCGAUGUACCGCGACCGUGUGCAGGAAUACACCGUCUUUGCGCAGAUCGCAAACCGCUGUCCGCUCGCACUUCUCAGACGCCGCCAGCGUAAGCCAUUCAAGCUGUCCGAUGUCGCGGGAAAGACGGUCCUGAUGAAGUCUGGAGGUGGAGCGAGCGUCGGUUUGUUCUUCAAGAUGCUGCUGCGAGAGAACAAGAUUGAUGAACGAUCUGUGGACUACAUCCAAGACCUGGAAGGCAAAAUGCUGGGAGAACUUUUUCUUGGCGGAUGUGGUGACUACUUUUGCACUGACUUGUUGUCCGCUCUGGCGAUGACAGCUGCCAAUCCUGAUGUGGUCAUCGGCAUGGAGAUGGUUGCUCAAGGCGACAUUCCGUGGAGCGUGUAUUACCGGGAGACAAAGACGAUCACGCCGGAAUUCCUGGAUGCGAAGAGACGCUUCUGCCUCGCGGUCGAAAAGGGCAUCGAAUGGGUGCUUGCGCAUAAUGCUGAAUCGUUCCGAGACGAGCUUGCCGAACUGUUCCCAAAUGUACCGGUCGAUGUCGCUGUUGGUGUGACGAACAGCUUCCGGAAGAACGGGAUGUGGACGUCCACGACGGUGCCACGUGGCGGGUACGAGAGAUGGCAGAGGGGCUUAGCCGAUGCUCGCCUGGUCGACUCGCCUUUGCCGUAUGAGACGGUGAUGCACAAAACGCUGCCUUGCGAUGGCUGA